CUUGACGUGGUGCGAUCUCAGCACACGCACCGGCUGGAUCAAGUCAGCGGGCAGGAACGGGACCGAACCAUGGUGGAAUUGAACAUUUUGGGGCAGGUCCAGAACUUGAGCCAAGCCCAGAACCAUGAGGUCAAGGUCUUUGGGCUGGUCUAUGACCGCGCGUCGAAAACAGGGUACCAGAUCACCGAGGCUGCUUGUUGAUGUUGAGGAGGAUUUAUAUGCAUACAGAGAGAGAGAGAGAGAGAGAGAGAGAGAGAGAAGAUACCCCCAAUAGAGAGCGAAAUUUGAUCAGAUUCAGACGAUAAAGCUAUAAGACGAUAAGGCGAUAAGGCGAUAAGAAACGAGCAGGCACUGCGUGGGGGGAUGCACUGGGCUGCCGUAGUUUCUGCCAAUUUCUCCCACACGUGGCAGUUCUCCCCCCCCUUGCCCCUCUCUCUCUCUCUUCCUCCCCACUCAUAGAAUCGGAUCAUUAAACUAACUACAACAAGACGAUUAAAAAUGGCCUCCUCCAACUGCACUCACGACUCGGUCCCCGCCUACCUCAAACACUCCCACGAGCGGGUGUUUGAGAACAACCGUGCCUGGGUGGCUGCCAAGAAGCAGGAAGACCCCGCUUUCUUUGAGAAGCUCAAUGCUGGCCAGACCCCGGAAUAUUUAUACAUUGGCUGCAGUGACAGUCGGGUCCCCGCCAAUGAGAUCAUGGGGCUGGAGGCCGGGGAGGUGUUUGUUCACCGCAACAUCGCCAACCUGGUCCCCAACACCGAUCUCAACGUCAUGUCCGUCAUCAACUACGCCGUUCGCCACCUCCACGUCAAACACAUCGUCGUCUGCGGCCACUACCAGUGUGGCGGGGUCAAGGCCGCCCUGAGCCCUUCCGACCUGGGCCUCCUGAACCCCUGGUUGCGCAACAUCAGGGAUGUCUACCGGUUGCAUGAGCGCGAGCUGGAUGAGAUCAAGGACGAGACUGCUCGGUACAAGCGUCUCAUCGAGUUGAAUGUGGUAGAAUCCUGCCGCAAUAUCAUCAAGACCGCCGCGGUGCAGCAGAGCUUCCACGAGCACCAAUUCCCCGUCGUGCACGGAUGGAUCUUUGACAUGGAGACCGGUCUCCUGCGUGAUCUGGAAAUCGAUUUUGAGGAGACCCUACGUGACAUCAAGAAGAUUUACAACUUGACUUCAGCUUGAGAAUUCUGUCCAAGGAAGGCCAGUGAGCCGGGUGCGUCACUGUAGAAAAGAAUUAUGUCUAGUCAAUCAAAGUUAGUAGUAUCUAAGUAUUGUCAGAUCAUCUACAUCUCAAGACCCCACCCGAAAUACAGCACAAA